CCGAGUAUAAUCAAAUUUAGUGCAAGUCAAGUUCAAGCGUUUACUGUUAGCUUAAACCAUAAAAAAACUUUGAAGUACAAAAACAUGUUAAAGGAUGAAUACAAAAAAUUCUUGACGAAGAAAAGAAAAGCAUUAGUAAAAAAGCAAACUAUAUUUGGAGUUGUAUUCAUUUUGGUAGGCUUGGUUGUAGUAUUUGUAUUUAUCUAUUUGCGAUCACAAAAAAAUACAUUUGAACUUCACGGUAGAUUUGGAAUAACAAUAGAUGCUGGAGGAUCAGGGACCAGAUUGUCAAUUUAUGAAUACAAAAAAGGAAAACUACACAAUGAAAAUUUUAUAUGUGAAAAUAAGGGUUUGACAAAUUCUCAGUUGCUAUCACUAUAUGACAAUAUUCAUAAAUGUUUGGUUGAAGCUGAGAAAAGAAUACCACUUUUAAUAAACAGUAAAACUCCUAUAUAUUUUGCAGCUACUGCUGGAAUGCGAUUGCUCAAAAUAAGCAAUGAAACCGCCUACCAGAAUAUUUGGAAUAUUGUGAGACAUGCUCUUAAUAAUUCUUCUUUUAUUGUAAAGUUAAAUGAGACGCUGUUGGGGUCAAAAGAAGCAGCUUAUUCUUGGGCAUCUGUUAACUCAUUAUUAGAUAGAGAGAAAUCUUCUGGAUUGUUUGAAAUGGGGAGCACUUCAGUUCAACUUGCUUUUGAGCCUCGAAGUAGUGAAACUUUUUUACCUUCUUCACACAUAGAAAAUGUUAUUCUGAAAAAAAAAUCAUAUAAUCUUUAUGUGUAUUCAUUCUUGUGCUUUGGUAAAGAUGAAUUUAGACGCAGAUAUAUUGCUAGAAUUAUUAAGAAAUCUGGUUAUUCAAGUAAUGUGAAAGAUCCAUGUCAUCCAUUAGGUUAUAAAAAAGUUAUAGCAUCUAAUGAAAUAUGGAAUUCGACUUGUGUUAAUGGAUUAUAUGCUCAGAGAGUUCUUGGAGAAAGUUUUGUAAAAAAAAACGGUAAUCAUUUCUAUGUCUUGCAUGGAAGUAGCAAUUUCACUGAUUGUUUCAAUGAAGUCAAGAAUAUGUUUUAUGCCAAUUGUUCUGACAAGUAUUGUGAUAUGAGCAAUGUACACCACCCUGCAAGUGAUGCUUUCUUUACGGCUAUUGGUGGUGGUGUUUAUUUUUCUUCAAAAUAUUUGAAUUUAUCAAACCCUGUUCGCAUACAAGCAUACAAGAAUGCUACGGAAAAUCUAUGUUCAUUAAAUUAUACUCAGCUUAGCUCAAAUAAAGAAUUCAAUAACUACACCAUAGAUUACUGCUUAGUAGACGUUUUUACAUACUUUAUUUUUCAUGAACUUCUAAAACUCGAUGAUUCCAAUAAAGUCAUGUUUGCUAAUAAAAUAGAUAACAACGUCGUAUCAUGGACAAUGGGAUUAAUCUUGAAUAAAAUACACGAACUUUCCCCCGCGAACCAUUAUAUAUCUAGAAGACUAUCAAACGUUACGUUUUAUAGCGCUAUUACUGCAAGUCUUGUGGUUAUUAUCAUAGGUUUAAUAGUUAUUUGUUAUUAUUAUAAAUUGAGGAAGACUAGUUACACACUAGAAACACAAUCUUAAUAUAUAUAUAUGUA